CGAAGGGGCUAGCAGCGUCUUCGUUUGACCGCAAGUUAAGCGAGAACACCUCAGGAUGAAGCUGUUCGUGGCCGCCGCCCUCCUGGCCCUGGUGGCCUCUGUGCCGCUCGACUCUCAGGUCGAGGACCAGGAUGAGCUCGAGAUGCACGAGAUCUGGGGCUCCUCCUACAAGGAGGUCCAGGAGAAGAUGGGCCUCAACAACGGCGCCUCGCUCUCCCGCUCUGGUCAGGUGCUGGACUCUGUCUUCUGGAAGAGUAUUGCCCAGGAGAUCAUCCAGACCAAGCUGAACGACAAGGUGUAUCACCACCAGGCCAAGAACGCCAUCCUGUUCAUCGGUGACGGCAUGUCGAUCCACACGCUGGCCGCCGCGAGGAAGCAGAAGGGCCUGCUGCACGGAGCUGAUAUUCCCGAGCACACCAUGCUGUCGUGGGAGAAAUUCCCGUACACCGGUCUCUCCAAGACGUACAACUGCGACCGCUGGACGGCCGACUCCGCCUCCACGGCCACCGCCUACCUGACCGGCGCCAAGGGCAACUUCCUCACGGUCGGUGUCGACUGCUCCGUCCUCAUCUGGAACUGCGAUGCCGUCAACGAGGCCUCCUCGCCCAAGUCGAUCCUCCGCUACGGCGUGGAGGCCGGUAAGUGGGUCGGUCUGGUGUCCACCGCCCGCAUCACGCACGCCUCUCCCGCUGCCACCUUCGGCCACACUGCCUACCGUACCUGGGAGUCGGACGCCGACUUCGUCGCCAUGGAAUGGAUGACCGGACCCGUCAAGGACUCGUGCAAGAACGCCAUGAAGGACCUGUCCACCCAGUUCGUCGAGCGUGAGGGCAUCGACAUCAACGUCGCCUUCGGCGGCGGCUGGGGCAAGUUCACGCCGAAGGAAGUCGAGGGCGGCUCCCGUCUGGAUGGCCGUGACCUGAUCCAGGAGUGGAAGGAUAAACAGGCCUCCCUGGGACGCAGCUACGCCUACCUGACCACCAAGGAUGAGCUGAACAACUUCGACGCCACCUCUGCCGACUACGUGCUGGGUCUGUUCAGUCGCAGCCACAUGCAGUACCGCGCCUUCCAGACCCCCGAGGACGUCAACCUGACCGAGAUGGUGAAGAAGGCUCUGGAGAUCCUGAAGCGCGGACCGAACGGCUUCGUGCUGUUCGUGGAGGGCGCCAAGAUCGACCACGGACACCACUACGGCAACGCGUACACGGCCAUCGACGAGACUAUCGAGCUGGAGGAGGUUGUCCAGUACGCUGUGGACAACACCGACGAGUCGGACACCCUCAUCGUCGUCUCCUCUGAUCACGCCCACACCUUCAAGAUCAACGGCUACCCGGAGCGCGGCCUGGACAUGUACGGGCCCGCCUCGUUCCUGGCCGGCGGUAUGCAGAAGGGCGGUCCGCCGCCCAGCCUGCCGUACCCGAUCCUGCAGUACGCCAACGGUCCGGGCGGCACCCGCAGCAAGGAGGAGCAGGACGCCAAGCGCGCCGCCCUCACCGAGACCGGUCCCGACGCCGAGUGGCGCGACCCGCACUACAAACAGUUCGCCGGCAUCUACCUGCCCAAGGAGACCCACGGCGGAGAUGACGUGGGCAUCUUCGCGCGCGGUCCGGGCGCCCACCUGCUGCGUGGAAGUCUGGAGGAGAAUUACAUCCACCACGUCAUCAACUGGGCCCUCUGCCAGGGAGACUACCUCACCGUCUGCGACGAGUAAUUCUUACGUCUGACAGAUGCGGAAUGACUAUGAAGAGUAGUCGUAUGUGUGAGAGAAUGAUGGAUGUAAUGCGUUCGUUGUGUUCAAGGCAAAUACAUGCUGUCCAGCAGUG